CUGAUUAUCCACUGCUUCACGUCACAAUCCUCCCACGAAAACGUAGAUUCUGCUCUUCGAUUAUAUAUAACUUAAAAAGAGAGAAAUGACGGAUAAACUGGCUGUCGGUGACGCUGGUGGCGAUUGGUCGAUGACGGAUGGUAUUGACGGUGAUGAUGGUUGUGGGCCGACGAUGAGAAGAACUGAUGCAAAGAGUUUGAGAGAGAUGCAGUUGUCGAUAGCGGCGUCGUCUUCGGUGUUUCCAGGGUUCAGAUUUUCGCCGACUGACGAUGAGUUGAUUUCGUAUUACUUGAAGAAGAAGCUCCAGGGAUCUGAUAAUUGCGUUGAUAUCAUUCCGGAGGUCGAUUUCUGCCGACAUGAGCCAUGGGAUUUACCUGCUAUUUCCAUUAUUCAAUCGGAUAAUGAGUGGUUCUUCUUUUCGACCCGAGGAAAGAAGUAUCCAAACGGGUCACAAAGUAAACGGGCUACCCAAUCCGGAUACUGGAAAGCCACUGGAAAAGAACGAAAUGUAAAAUCAGGUGCGGUUACAAUUGGCACUAAACGGACUCUGGUUUUUCACAUGGGUCGUGCUCCUAAAGGAGAAAGAACCGAAUGGAUCAUGCAUGAAUAUUGUAUGAAUGAUGCUGCACAGGAAUCUCUAGUUGUUUGUCGACUUCGUAGAAACAGUGAUUUCCGCUUAAAUGAAUCAUCAAGAGGCUCUUCGGAUAAUAAAAGUCACUCGGGUACGACAAACGAGUAUGCUAAUAAUAACCAAAUGGACGGGUUUCAUGACACAAACGAGACUAUAAAGUCCGCUUCAAAAGAAUCCACAAGCAGUUACAGGUCAGACGACCAGAAUGGUUCCGGAUCAGAAUCUGAUCCGGAAGCCAAUCCCGAGUCGCCACAUGGCUCUUCCACUCCAUAUAAGGAUGUUGAUGAUUGUUUUGCGGAUAUAAUCAACGAUGACAUCAUCCGACUCGAUGAAUCCACAUCACACUCUCUCAAAUUCUACGGCUUCCUCACAAAAGAUGAACCAAUGUUAAUCCAAGAUCCAACAAAAUGCAAUCAAAAACUACCACCACAAAACAUCAUGACCUCUCAAGGAACCGCGGUUCGAAGAAUCAAACUGAGACGCCAAAAGGGUCGAACCCACGAACCACCACCGGCUGGCGGUGGUUUAGACAAGCACCACCACCCACAGAUGCCGCCAUUGCAGAAGAAAUCAACAGGGUGUUUUAUUAGUGUAUUGUCGGGCAAUGCGGAUACCCUAAAGGGGUCACGUUCAACACAUCGAUGGUGGUACUGGCGGAGGCGAUGGCCUACUGAUGGCGGAAGAGCCGGCCAGCUGGUUCCAGAUCGAAGAUGGAGUGGUGAGGGAGCGCCGUGUAUAUUGAAAGAGAAGACGGAAAAAUCAAGGGCAAACCUGCAGAAGAUGCUGGAGGCGAUGCAACUGGUGUCGGAGACAGCGGUGGCACAGGCGAAGCCCCCGACGGCGCCGACAGAGGUGAUUGGAGUUGCACCAGCUUGGGGGUGGAGGAGAGGCGUCGAUGAUGGUUGA